AUGGCGGCGCCCAGGCAGGCGCCGGACCGGCGGCCCUUCGGGAGGCGCUUCCUCACCGACCCCGCCCGCCUCUUCCAGCACAACGCCUGGGAUAAUGUGGAAUGGUCGGAAGAGCAGGAAGCCAGUGCCAGGAGUAAAGUUCAAGAGAACAGCUCACAGCUAUUGCCACAAGAUAAACAAGAGGAAUAUGAGGUGAAUGCUAAGAGGUACUGGGAUGACUUUUAUAAAAUCCACGAAAAUGGCUUCUUCAAGGACAGGCACUGGCUGUUCACUGAAUUUCCUGAGCUGGCACCUAACAGGAACCCAAGUCAAAAUGGGGAUUCUGUGCAUGAAUUUAGUAACAAAGAAGAAUCCAACAAUGAAGGGCUGGGAGGCUGUGAAAAUGGACAUUGUUCAUUGGAAACCAGGGCAGAGAAUCAGCUAAACCUGAUAAAAAGCACACCUAAGAUCUGCACAGAGGAGCUGGCUACGCAGAAGUAUAGUGAGCUGAAUCAAAGUGAUGGAGGUUACCCAGGAUCGUCUGCAUCUUACCGUAUAUUAGAGGUUGGCUGUGGUGCUGGAAAUACAGUCUUCCCAAUUUUACAAACUAACAAUGACCCAGGCCUUUUUGUUUAUUGCUGUGAUUUUUCUACAACAGCUGUGGAUCUUGUCCAGAACAAUGCAGAAUAUGAUUCUUCUCGCUGCUUUGUGUUUGUCCAUGACCUGUGCAAUGACCAAAGUCCUUUCCCAAUGCCAGACGAGAGUCUUGACGUUGUUAUUCUUAUCUUUGUCCUCUCAGCGAUUCUCCCAGAGAAGAUGCAAUGCAUCGUUAAUAGACUGAGUCGCCUUCUGAAACCAGGAGGAAUGAUUUUGUUACGAGAUUACGGCCGUUACGAUCUGGCCCAGCUUCGGUUUAAGAAAGGUCAAUGUCUGUCUGAUAACUUCUAUGUGAGAGGUGAUGGCACCAGAGUCUACUUCUUCACACAAGAUGAAUUAGAUGAUCUCUUCACAACAGCUGGGCUGGAGAAAAUCCAGAAUCUGGUUGAUCGGCGAUUGCAAGUGAACCGUGGGAAACAAAUGACGAUGUAUCGAGUAUGGAUCCAGUGCAAAUACCGCAAGCCUGCCGCCCCUCAGCUGUGAGGAAACGGGGCAUGCUGUUUAGGUUGGAGCCUCUUCAUGCCCAUGUGCAGUGUCUCCUCCUGGUGAGACGUGGUUUUAUGGAGUUCAGCUCACACAGGACCUCAGUGCCUUUUACAGUGCCUAGCAUCACUUCAAGUGAGUUUUGCUAAGGACGAAUGCUCUAAGAGGAGACCGAGCAAUAUCUUAGAUGUCUUGCUACUGGUCUGAGUUUUUUAAAUUAUUUAUGGUUUUAACAACUUAAGAAAUGGUCAUGCUGUCUUACAGCAGCUGAGCAAGUUGAGUAGUGAGUCACACUUACUCUGGAUUUCCACAUGAAACAGAAGGGAGAGCUUCGACCUUACCUCUGUGUUGUGUACUCUUGUCUUGGGAGCAAAAACCAUACAAAGGGUAAAUCUGCUCUUCUUUGCAACUGAUCACUAGGCCUCAUAUGUAUCCCUUAGCCAGCUUAUCUCAUGCAGCUCUCUCCUAGUCAUUCAGGUUUGUGCAAAUCCACAAGUUAAAAUACACUGAUCGAGGGCAGGAACUGAGAGCAUGCUAGUUGCUCUGUGGCAGCUUCCCCAUGGAUGCCUCAUGGUGUGCAGAUAACCUGUGGAGAACGCAGAGUAUGCUGCCUUGCCGCCCACAAGGAUGUUCAUCUAGGGAGCUAGCACAUUGUAGCUCAGGUGCUAUAAAUUCAUAUCAGGCAGGGUUCGGGUUUUCAGACAUUUGGGGCUGAUGCCAGUUUUGGGGCACCUCUAGAGUGUGGAGCAUCACAAGCAGCUCACGGGACCAGGGUUUAUGCAGAAUUACCUGCUUUUUCUGCUGGAACAGUGAGAAACUGUUCUUGCUGGCUGCAGCCCCCAGGUCACGAACUGCAAUGCCCUGUCAUGGUGGUGUGCUAAACCCAAGUCGACAAGACACUUGCCUUUGAUAAGAAAUCUGAAGAACGUCUACCACUCUUGUUUAAUUUCUUAGAGGAAGCCAACAUUGUGGCUUUCUGAAGGUAUUUCCCCACCUUUGACAGCAAAUAUCUUUUAUCUCAGCUUGUUUUCUUUUGUUAUUUUUAGGGUGUGGUACAACAGGUAUUAGAAUAAAUUUUGUGGUAAUGCUU